AUGGUGGUAGCGUUAGGGGGAAGAGACAGUACAGGUAAUAAGGGACUCGUACUCAAGACAUGCGAGAGACUAAUUGUACCCUUAACUACAUAUAACACUAAUACAGCAGCAGCAGCAGCAGCAACAGCAGCAGCAGCAACAGCAGCAGCAGCAGCAAGUGCUGCAGCAGCAACGACAACAAGUGCAACAGACGCUGCAGCAAAUGCAGCAAAGGAAACUACUCCUGCUUCCCACGCAGGCCAAGAAGCAGCAGCAACAACAGCAGCAACAACAGCAGCACCGUCAACACCAACAGCAACAGCAGCAACAGCAACAGCAGCAGCAGCAGCAGCAGCAGGAGAAGGUGAGGGUCUAGCAUUCAAGAGGGUGAUUAGGUUGGCUUCAAGGGGUUUAGGAGGUGUUCGUGCAUUAAAUUCUGUAGAAGUGUUUGAUACAAUCACUAACACUUGGAUUGAAGGCCCUCCCCUGAAUAUAGCACGAGUAGAUGCUGCUUUGCUGCUGUGGUUUGCUGCUGAUGGCCGUCCGCUGCUGCUUGCUGUUGGUGGCAGCAGCGCAGCAGAGGAGACAGACAGCAGCAACAACAACAGCAGCAGCAACAGCAGCUUGCUGCUGUCUGCUGAGGUCCUAGAUCUACAGGCAUACUUCCUUGCUGCUUUUGGCGAAGUCCUGCCGCUGCAGCAGCACCAUCAGCAGCAGCAGCAACAGGAGCGUCAGCAUCAGCAGCAGCAGCAGCAGCAGCAGGAGGUAGAGUGGGUAUUGUAUGAACAUUCAGGACUUGGCGGUGUCUCCUCUUCUUCUUGUGUAGUUGAUUGUCCCCCGUGGGCUCUAUGGGCAUCGGAGUUACCUAAAGACACAAUACAGCAGCACAGCAGCAGCAGCAGCAAUGCAGCAGCAGCAACACAGCCAAAGGGAAUGGUGCUCACCUCCUCAGGACGUCGUAGUGUACCUCAGUGUGUGUCUUCUAUUUGCUGCCUUUAUCGCUGCCAGUCGCCGCAGCAGCGCAGCAGCUUUGCUGCAGCAGCACGAGUAGCAGCAGCAGGAGCAGCAGCAGCUGCAGCAACAGGAGACAGGACAUGUUUAAUAAAGAAAAGAACAGAUGAUACACCAGCAGCAGCAGCAGCAGCAGCAGCAGCAUCAACUGUCUCCUUACAAAGAUUUGCUGCAGCAGCAAAGGAGACAAAACCCCACACAUCCAUCUUCUCUUCUGCAGCAAAAGAAAAGGUCCAAGAGUUACGACGCGCCUUUGAAUCUGCUGCUGUUGCUGAGCGAUUGAAGGGACGGCUUGAUUAA